CAGAACCAUAACACAUCAAAAGUGAUAGAGAAUCAUUACACAUCAGAAGAUAUGUCUCUUAAGGAGCUCUCGAACGAAGACACGGUCUCAUCAACGUCAGAGAUUAACAACAAUGACGACGAAGCCGUAGCUUCUCAAGGUGCACGGAAUCAAGAGACUGAAGAGGACUCAUCAGAAGAUAUGUAUCUUAAGGAGCUCUUCAACGAAGCCACGGUCUCAUCAGCGUCAGGGAUUAACAACAAUGAUGACCAAGCCGUAGCCUCUCAAGAGACUGAAGAGGACUCAUCAAAAGAUAUGCCUGUCACGGAGCUCUCGAACGAAGACACGGUCUCAUCAGUAGCCCCUCAAGAUGACGUGAAUCAAGAGAUUGAAGAGGUCUCGCUAGAAAAGAUGACUGUGGAGAUUCUCGUCAGUAAAACUGAAUCUAUACAAGGUGAACUGUUUCGCCAAAUCUCCGAGAAGAAACGAUAUGAAGUACUUGUCUCAGUAAAAAAACGGGUUAUCUAUCUCGCAUCUGUUGAGCAAAGACGUGAACUAGAUGAAGUGAUUCGCCAAUUCGCACUUGCCCCCCAUCUGGGCGAGCAACAAGGGCUUCAAAAAAACUUAGUAAGACAACAUGAAAUUGAGAAAAUGAUCGCUGAUGAAUUCAAACUUCCUCCAGAAGUUGGCUCGGAUGAGAGAGAAAAGAUCAAUUUCCAAGAAAUAAAAAAGAAUAUGGAGGGUUUCGUCGAGGAUACUGAGAAAAACCAAAAUAAAUUGCUUGACGAAAUAUCCCUGAUAAAGGAAGUGCAACGUGAAAGUGUAUCAGCAACAGAACGAAGGAUACUUAUCCUCUUUCCUAAGUACAAAUCUCUAGUAGAUGAAAUUAAAGGCCGACUCGCCAACCAAGGGAUCAAAGAAGAAAUCUUACCAGUAAAACCAAGGAUUGAGGCCGUCCUCUUGGAGUUCAAAAAACUAGAAGAUCAACUGAAUAUCCCAUGCUUCGAGGCCUCCCACUUAGAUCAAAUGCUGAAAGAGAUAUUACACGCAACGGACCCCGUGCUUCAACCCCAAGAUGAGGUGGAACGCAGUACCGUGAUCGCUAACUCCGCUCGCCUACAAGUGAGAAACAAGAACGACUUCUCUGAGUUCAAUGUUUUUAGUGAUGCCAUAAGUCGCGGUGACUUUGAGAGUGUGAAAAGUCUUUUGGGCAGUGGCCAAUAUUCCAUUACACAAAGGAUUAAUGAGAUAGAAACGCCAAUUCACAGAGCUUGUAGCUGUGGGCACGAAGAGAUUGUGAAGGAGAUGUUAGAUAAAAUGGAUGACACUGAAAAAGUUAAGCUCGACUGGAAACUCCUAUACAUGGUUAUUAUGAACGGAAACCUGAAUAUAACGGAGGCGCUGCUUGAGAAGAAACCUGCCUAUUCCGAAACCCCCAUGGAUAAAGAUGGGAUGUUGCCCAUCGUCCUUGCUGCAUAUAUGUCCAAGAAAGACAUUGUUAAUUUUCUGUACAAGAAAACCUCAUGUACGGCGCUGCUUUAUGAUGACGGCUAUCAAGCCUCAGAACUCUUUGGCGCUGCCAUAACCAACGGAAUGUUGGACAUCGCACUGGACAUGCUCAUAAGGUAUCCGACUCGUCUUGCCUUAACCAAGCACCCCAAGUCAAAAGCGUCUCCAAUUGUUAGACUAGCCGCAUGUGAUGCCUUACUAAUCCCCGAGAAUCUUGGGUUUUGGGAAGGCAUUGUUUACCCAUGUGUCAAAUUCACACCGCCGGAGAUGGCUGAACGUCAUUCUCUUCAAGACGAUCCACCUCCAGAGACCACGAACCUAUUUCAACGUCACGUCUUGAGGAAGAUUUUUCAAUGGUUACCAACAUCAUUUGGAGCCGGUCACGUAUCAGAGCUCAAGAUGCGCAACUGGCAAGCUCGGGCAAUGCUAAAGAGAAUGAUGGAAGAGCUCUGCACUUUGGACAGCCAAGAGAUACGGCGUUAUAAAGUCGGGGACGGCAUUUAUCAGGCCGUCUUCCGGGGCAACUUGGAAUACAUUAAGAGCCUCAUCAAAUAUAAUCCGCAAUUUUUGUGGUCUAGAGACAAUUACUUGGAGGCAAACAUUUUUACCCUCGCCGUCGUCUCCAGGCAAGCCAAGAUCUUCAACCUCUACUAUGGCCUGGACGAGAGGCGCCUGACCCUCGUAAUGCAGCCGGACGGCGAGGGAGAAACUCUUCUCCAUGUCGUCGCCCAACCGGAGGUCAUCCCCAAGGGACCUCCAGUGGUUGCUCCGUUGGAGCUACAGCGGGAGCUUUACUGGUAUAAAGAGGUCGAGAACCUACUUCCAACUAGCGAGAGACAACGGAUGAACAAGGAGGACCUGGAGCCGUGGGAUAGCUUCCAGGAAAAUCACACAGAUCUCCUAGACAAAGCGGAAGAUUGGAUGAAAGGAACGGCCACUUCAUGCAGCGUCGUCGCAAUACUCAUUGCGACAGUCGCUUUCCAAGCGAUUUUCACCAUUCCUGAGGGUGUAAAGUCGAACUCUGAUCACCCAGUCAAGGCUGGCUUCUGGGUCUUUGUCAUCGCAGACGUAUUUGCUUUCUUCUUUGCGUGCACGGCCACCUUUAUCUUCCUAGGCAUCCUCACGGUGAGGUACUCGUUCCACGACUUCCUAAAAAGGCUACCCACAAAGAUGCUCUUGGGACAACUGUUUCUUUUACUCUCAGUGUGCGCCAUGCUAGUGGUCUUCUGCACGGCAAUCUUCACCGCAAGGCACCAACAGUGGUGGCAAAUUGUAAUAGUGGUGAUCCCCGCAUGCUUCCCCAUCGCGGCCUUCUUCUUCGUGCAGCGCCCUAUUUUCUGGAAGAUGCCACUCUCUCUCAAGCGAUGUCGUCGAGCUCCGGCGGGAACCGCCACUGUGUUUCCGGCGGAUCAGAAGUUCGGACUUAGGAGACAAGACGCUCUGAGAUCCUCUCGUUCGGUUUUCUUAGGUGAUGUCGUCGACGCUCCGGCGGGAUACUCACGCGGCGGCGUUUGCGUGCCUCCAUCCGUUUUUUUCGUCCCGUCUCCACGCAGAGAAGAACGUGGUGGAAGAUCUUACUUUAUGCUUCAAACCAAGAAUCCAUCUGGCAAGGUCCCGAACCAAGUCUACAUGACUAUGGAUGACUUAGCCGACGAGUUUGGCAUUGCCGACAACAUCGCGGCUCUGCUUUCUCCUAAAUCAGGGUUCUAUUGUGAUAUGUGGGUUGAUGGAGAGCAGUUCAUGACUGCUGAGCCUCCUGAGGUAGUGAAGGCUCGAAAUGCUUGUCCAGCUAUUCAUUUGUGCCCUCUGGCGAUAACUGAGGCAGACCGCGGGGUCCCUAGCAUUCUUAAGCGAGCGAGGGCAAUGUUUGAGAAGGUUGGUGUGGAAUACUAUGAGUCUGUUGUGAUAAGAGUAACCGGUUGUCCUAACGGUUGUGUAAGACCUUACAUGGCUGAGCUCGGUCUAUUUGGGGAUGGUCCCAACAGCUAUCAGGAUACGGUUUUGUCAAGGUUUUCGCGGCUUAGAGAAAGUGUUCGAGCCAUUGUUUUAUCACUGGAAACUAAAGAGGCAAAGCAAAGAACCAUUUGGAGAAUACCCAACCCGCAUGUGGCGGAAAUCACAGUGGGUGCAAUACAUGAUUAUUUGUUGAUGGAACAAAUGCUUAAAGUCCAUGUCAUUCCACCAAAGCAUGUUAACCCGAAUCUGUGAGUGACUUAAAACGACUUUGUUUCAUAAUGAUCAGUGAUUUUCUUUGCAAAUAGUUAGGGCAUAUCUAAUUGUGUAGGUUAGCUCUUUUACUUGGCUGCUUAUGUGCUGUGGGCUAUAUUGUUGAAUGAAAUAGCUCUCUUUAU